UGAAGAGGUAGCUCGCUACAAUGGCGCCUACAAGGUCUCCAAAGGUCUCCUUGACAAGUUCGGCGAGAAGCGUGUCGUUGAUACUCCCAUCACUGAGAUGGGUUUCGCCGGUAUUGCUGUCGGUGCUGCACUCUCAGGUUUGCGACCAAUAUGCGAGUUCAUGACCUUCAACUUCGCCAUGCAAGCUAUUGACCAAAUUGUCAACUCUGCUGGAAAGACUUACUACAUGUCCGGUGGAAACGUACCCUGUCCUGUUGUCUUCCGUGGCCCCAAUGGUGCUGCUUCUGGUGUCGCCUGGUAUGGCUCAAUUCCCGGUCUCAAGGAUUGUAAGGGUCUUCUCAAGGUUAUUAUUUUCUACAGUUUCUUUUGUAUUCCUCGGAAUGAGAUGAUGUACGGUGUCACCUUCCCCAUGUCUUCAGAAGCCAUGUCAGACAACUUCACCCUUCCUAUCGGCAAGGCAAAAGUCGAGCGUGAAGGAACCGAUGUCACUAUCGUAGCACACAGCAAGAUGUCACUCACAGAGGGUGUCAAGGCUGAGGUUAUCAACCUCCGUAGCAUUCGUCCUCUGGAUAUUGAUACCAUCAAGGCAUCAGUCAAGAAGACCAACCGUCUCCUCAUCGUCGAGGGUGGUUUCCCCGCCUUUGGU